GGGCGGAGGGAGAGAACAGGCUUUGACCGCUGGUAACCCCUGCGCUCGGCGCAGCCGAAUCUAUAAAAGGAACUAGUCGCGGCAAAAACCAGUGAUUCCGAGGGAGAGUGCGAGGGGUCGGGACCUGCGGAGCCGAGCCGCACAUCUGGUCCGCGAGCCGGGCACGCAGGGCAGGGCAGGGCAGGGCAGGGCAGGGGGCGCCGCAGGACGCGCGCAGCUAGAGCCAGUUCUCCGGGGCGCGCCGCCCCUUGCGUCCUCUCCCCGUUUUUGUUUUUCCCCCUCCCCUUCACUGGAAGGGUUUGUCAAGGGGUGGGGGCAAGAAACGCAAACACAAAAGUGGAAAACAGUUAAUGACCAGCCACGGUGUCCCUGCCGUGAGCUCUGGCCGCCGCCUCCAGGGCUCCCAAGCCACACACAAGCUUCUGCGGUGUUGGGGGUGGUAACAUGGCGUGUUGGCCUCAGCUGAGGCUGCUGCUGUGGAAGAACCUGACUUUUAGAAGAAGACAAACAUGUCAGCUCCUGCUGGAAGUGGCCUGGCCUCUGUUUAUCUUCCUGAUCUUGAUCUCUGUGCGGCUGAGCUACCCACCCUACGAACAACAUGAAUGCCACUUUCCAAACAAAGCCUUGCCCUCUGCAGGAACGCUUCCUUGGGUUCAGGGGAUCAUCUGUAAUGCCAACAAUCCCUGUUUCCGUUACCCGACUCCUGGUGAGGCUCCUGGGGUUGUUGGAAACUUUAACAAGUCCAUUGUGUCUCGCCUGUUCUCAGAUGCUCGGAGGCUUCUUUUAUACAGCCAGAAAGACACCAGCAUGAAGGACAUAUACAAAGUUCUGAGGACGUUAAAGCAGAUCGAGAAUUCCCACCCAAAAUUGAAGCUUCAGGAUUUCCUGGUGGACAAUGAAACCUUCUCUGGAUUCCUGUAUCACAAUCUGUCUCUCUCAAGACCUACUGUGGACAACAUACUAAGGGCUGACGUCCGUCUCCGCAAGGUAUUUUUGCAAGGUUAUCAAUUACAUUUGGCCAGUACGUGCAAUGGAUCAAAAUUAGAUGUGAUUAAACUUGGUGACCCUGAAAUUUCUGAGCUUUGUGGUCUAGCAAGGGAGAAACUGGAUGCGGCGGAGUGGAUGCUUCGUUCCAACAUAGACGUCCUGAAACCCAUCGUGAAAGGACUGAACUCUACAUCUCCCUUGCCAACUGAGCACCUGGCUGAAGCCACGAGAACGUUACUGGACAGUCUUGGGAAUCUGGCCCAAGAGCUGUUCAGCAUGAGGAGCUGGAGUGACAUGCGGCAGGAGGUGAUGUUUCUGACCAAUGUGAAUAGCUCCAGCUCCUCCACCCAGAUAUACCAAGCUGUGUCCCGCAUCGUUUGUGGCCAUCCCGAGGGUGGGGGCCUGCAGAUCAAAUCUCUCAACUGGUACGAGGACAACAACUACAAAGCCCUCUUCGGAGGCAACGGCACUGAGGAAGAUGCUGACACCUUCUAUGACAACUCCACUACUCCUUACUGCAAUGAUCUGCUGAAGAAUCUGGAGUCUAGUCCUCUUUCCCGCAUUAUUUGGAAAGCUCUCAAGCCCCUGCUUGUCGGGAAGAUCCUGUAUACACCGGACACUCCAGCCACGAGGCAGGUGAUGGCUGAGGUGAACAAGACCUUCCAGGAGCUGGCUGUGUUCCACGAUGUGGAAGGCAUGUGGCGAGAGCUCAGCCCUAAGCUCUGGGCCUUCAUGGAGAACAGCCAAGAAAUGGACCUUGUCCGGAUGCUGCUGGACAGCAAAGGCAACGAACACUUUUGGGAACAGCAGCUGGAUGGCUUAAACUGGACAGCCCAAGACAUCCUGGCAUUUCUGGCCAAGCACCCAGAGGACGUUCAGCAUGUUAAUGGCUCUGUGUACACCUGGAGAGACGUUUUCAACGAGACCAACCGGGCAAUCCAGACCAUAUCUCACUUCAUGGAGUGUGUCAACCUCAACAAGCUGGAGCCCAUUCCCACAGAAGUCCGGCUCAUCAACAAGUCCAUGGAGUUGCUGGAUGAGAGGAAGUUCUGGGCUGGUAUUGUGUUCACAGGAAUCACGCCUGGCAGUGUUGAGCUGCCCCACCACGUCAAAUACAAGAUUAGAAUGGACAUUGACAAUGUGGAGAGGACAAAUAAAAUCAAGGACGGGUACUGGGACCCUGGUCCUCGGGCUGAUCCCUUUGAGGAUAUGCGCUACGUGUGGGGGGGCUUUACCUACUUGCAAGAUGUGGUGGAGCAGGCAAUCAUCAGGGUGCUGACGGGCACUGAGAAGAAAACUGGGGUCUAUGUGCAGCAGAUGCCCUACCCCUGUUAUGUUGAUGACAUCUUCCUGAGGGUAAUGAGCCGGUCAAUGCCCCUCUUCAUGACGCUGGCCUGGAUUUACUCUGUGGCUGUGAUCAUCAAGGGUAUUGUGUAUGAGAAGGAGGCACGGCUGAAGGAGACCAUGAGGAUCAUGGGCCUGGACAACGGCAUCCUCUGGUUCAGCUGGUUCAUCAGUAGUCUCAUCCCGCUGCUCGUGAGCGCUGGCCUGCUGGUGGUUAUCAUGAAGUUGGGAAACCUGCUACCCUACAGCGACCCCAGCGUGGUGUUCAUCUUCCUGUGUGUUUUUGCCACGGUGACCAUCCUGCAGUGCUUCCUGAUUAGCACACUCUUCUCCCGGGCCAACCUGGCUGCUGCCUGUGGGGGAAUCAUCUACUUCACCCUGUACCUGCCCUAUGUCCUGUGUGUGGCGUGGCAGGACUACGUGGGCUUCACAGCCAAGAUCUUUGCAAGCCUGCUGUCUCCUGUGGCUUUGGGGUUUGGCUGUGAGUACUUUGCCCUUUUUGAGGAGCAGGGCAUUGGGGUGCAGUGGGACAAUCUCUUUGAGAGCCCCCUGGAGGAAGAUGGCUUCAGUCUCACCACUUCCAUCUCCAUGAUGCUGUUCGACACCUUCCUCUAUGGGGUGAUGACAUGGUACAUCGAAGCUGUCUUUCCAGGUCAGUAUGGAAUUCCCAGGCCUUGGUAUUUUCCUUGUACCAAGUCCUACUGGUUUGGCGAGGAAAGUGACGAGAAGAGUCACCUUGGUUCCAGCCAGAAGGGAAUAUCAGAAAUCUGCAUGGAAGAGGAACCCACCCACCUGAAGCUGGGCGUGUCCAUUCAGAACCUGGUGAAGGUUUACCGAGAUGGCAUGAAAGUGGCUGUCGAUGGCCUGGCGCUGAAUUUUUAUGAGGGCCAGAUCACUUCCUUCCUGGGCCAUAACGGAGCAGGGAAGACAACCACCAUGUCAAUCCUGACUGGAUUGUUCCCUCCCACCUCUGGCACCGCCUACAUCCUGGGGAAGGACAUUCGCUCAGAGCUGAGCACCAUUCGGCAGAACCUGGGGGUCUGUCCCCAGCAUAAUGUACUGUUUGACAUGCUGACUGUCGAAGAGCACAUCUGGUUCUAUGCCCGCCUAAAGGGACUCUCAGAGAAGCACGUGAAAGCAGAAGUGGACCAAAUGGCCCUGGAUGUUGGUUUGCCACCCAGCAAGCUGAAAAGCAAAACAAGUCAGCUGUCUGGUGGAAUGCAGAGAAAGCUGUCCGUGGCCUUGGCCUUUGUAGGGGGAUCCAAGGUUGUCAUUCUGGAUGAGCCUACAGCUGGCGUGGACCCUUAUUCCCGGAGGGGAAUCUGGGAGCUGUUGCUGAAGUACCGACAAGGCCGCACCAUUAUUCUGUCCACCCAUCACAUGGAUGAAGCGGACAUCCUGGGGGACAGGAUUGCCAUCAUUUCCCAUGGAAAGCUAUGCUGUGUGGGUUCCUCCCUGUUUCUGAAGAACCAGCUGGGAACAGGCUACUAUCUGACCCUGGUUAAGAAAGAUGUGGAAUCCUCCCUCAGUUCCUGCAGAAAUAGCAGCAGCACCGUGUCGUACCUGAAGAAGGUGGUGCCUGAGCUUCCGCCAGCUGGGCAGAGUGGAGGCAGAGGAGGAGAGGUGCAGAGGCUGGUGGCGCUGACUCAAGAUGUCUCUGCUAUCUCCAACCUCAUCAGGAAGCAUGUGUCUGAAGCCCGGCUGGUGGAAGACAUUGGACAUGAGCUGACCUAUGUGCUGCCAUAUGAAGCUGCUAAGGAGGGAGCCUUUGUGGAACUCUUCCAUGAGAUUGAUGACCGGCUUUCAGAUCUGGGCAUCUCCAGUUAUGGCAUUUCAGAGACUACCCUGGAAGAAAUAUUCCUCAAAGUGGCUGAAGAGAGUGGGGUGGAUGCUGAGACCUCAGAUGGUACCUUGCCAGCAAGGCGAAACAGACGAGCCUUUGGGGACAAGCAGAGCUGUCUUCGCCCAUUCACCGAAGACGACGCUAUUGAUCCAAAUGAUUCUGACCUAGACCCAGAAUCUAGAGAGACAGAUCUGCUCAGCGGGAUGGAUGGCAAAGGCUCCUACCAGGUCAAGGGCUGGAAACUCGUCCAACAGCAGUUUGUGGCCCUUUUGUGGAAGAGGCUGCUGAUUGCCAGACGGAGUAGAAAAGGAUUCUUUGCUCAGAUUGUCCUGCCAGCUGUGUUUGUCUGCAUUGCCCUGGUGUUCAGCCUGAUUGUGCCGCCCUUUGGGAAGUAUCCCAGCCUGGAGCUGCAGCCCUGGAUGUACGACGAGCAGUAUACGUUUGUCAGCAAUGAUGCUCCCGAAGAUAUGGGCAUCCAGAAACUCUUGAAUGCCCUCACCAAAGACCCUGGCUUUGGGACCCGAUGUAUGGAAGGAAACCCAAUCCCAAACACACCCUGCUUGGCAGGAGAUAAAGAGUGGACCACUGCCCCAAAUCCCCAGACCAUCAUGGACCUCUUCCAAAAGGGGAACUGGACGAUGGAGAACCCUUCACCUGCCUGCCAGUGUAGCAGUGACAAAAUCAAGAAGAUGCUGCCUGUGUGUCCUGCAGGGGCAGGGGGGCUGCCACCUCCACAAAGAAAACAGAACACUGCAGAUAUCCUUCAGGACCUGACAGGAAGAAACAUUUCAGACUAUCUGGUGAAGACAUACGUGCAGAUCAUAGCCAAAAGCUUAAAGAAUAAGAUCUGGGUGAAUGAGUUUCGGUAUGGUGGAUUUUCCCUUGGUGUCAGUAAUUCUCAGGCAUUUCCUCCGAGUCAAGAAGUUAACGAUGCCAUCAAGCAAGUGAAGAAACACUUGAAACUGGCCAAGGACAGUUCUGCCGAUCGAUUUCUCAACAGCUUGGGAAGGUUCAUGACAGGAUUGGACACCAAAAAUAAUGUCAAGGUGUGGUUCAACAACAAGGGCUGGCAUGCCAUCAGCUCUUUUCUGAAUGUGAUCAACAAUGCCAUCCUCCGGGCCAAUCUGCAGAAGGGAGAGAAUCCUAGCCAGUACGGCAUUACUGCUUUCAAUCACCCCCUGAAUCUCACCAAGCAGCAGCUCUCGGAGGUGGCUCUGAUGACCACAUCCGUAGACGUCGUUGUGUCCAUAUGUGUCAUCUUCGCAAUGUCCUUUGUUCCGGCCAGCUUCGUGGUGUUCCUGAUUCAGGAGCGGGUCAGCAAAGCAAAGCACUUACAGUUUAUCAGUGGCGUGAAGCCUGUCAUCUACUGGCUCUCCAAUUUUGUCUGGGAUAUGUGCAAUUAUGUGGUCCCCGCCACGCUGGUCAUUAUCAUCUUCAUCUGCUUCCAGCAGAAGUCCUAUGUGUCCUCCACCAACCUGCCUGUCCUAGCCCUUCUACUUCUGCUGUAUGGGUGGUCAAUCACACCUCUCAUGUACCCAGCCUCCUUCGUAUUCAAGAUCCCCAGCACAGCCUACGUGGUGCUCACCAGCGUGAACCUCUUCAUCGGGAUCAAUGGCAGUGUGGCCACUUUCGUGCUGGAGCUCUUCACGAACAAUAAGCUGAAUAACAUCAAUGAUAUCCUGAAGUCUGUGUUCCUAAUCUUCCCACAUUUUUGCCUGGGACGAGGGCUCAUUGAUAUGGUGAAAAAUCAGGCGAUGGCUGACGCCCUGGAAAGGUUUGGAGAGAAUCGCUUUGUGUCACCACUCUCUUGGGACCUGGUGGGACGAAACCUUUUCGCCAUGGCUGUGGAAGGGGUCGUGUUCUUCCUCAUUACUGUUCUGAUCCAGUACAGAUUCUUCUUCAGGCCCAGGCCUGUGAAUGCAAAGCUUCCUCCUUUGAAUGAUGAGGACGAAGAUGUAAGGCGAGAGAGGCAGAGGAUUCUGGAUGGUGGAGGAUUGAACGAUAUCUUGGAAAUCAAGGAGUUGACUAAGAUAUACCGAAGGAAGAGAAAGCCUGCUGUUGACAGAAUUUGUGUUGGCAUUCCUCCUGGUGAGUGCUUUGGCCUUCUGGGAGUUAACGGUGCUGGCAAAUCAUCAACCUUCAAGAUGUUGACUGGAGACACCACUGUCACGCGCGGGGACGCUUUCCUUAACAAAAACAGCAUCUUGUCAGACAUCCAUGAAGUCCAUCAGAACAUGGGUUACUGCCCUCAGUUUGAUGCCAUCACAGAGCUGCUGACGGGGAGGGAGCACGUGGAGUUCUUUGCCCUCUUGAGAGGAGUCCCAGAGAAAGAAGUUGGCAAGGUUGGCGAAUGGGCAAUUCGGAAACUGGGCCUGGUGAAGUACGGAGAGAAGUAUGCCGGUAACUACAGUGGAGGCAACAAGCGGAAGCUCUCAACAGCCAUGGCUCUGAUCGGCGGGCCUCCUGUGGUGUUUCUGGAUGAACCAACCACAGGCAUGGAUCCUAAAGCCCGGAGAUUCUUGUGGAAUUGUGCUCUCAGCAUCGUCAAGGAGGGGAGAUCGGUAGUGCUUACGUCUCAUAGCAUGGAAGAAUGUGAAGCUCUUUGCACUAGGAUGGCAAUUAUGGUCAAUGGGAGGUUCAGGUGUCUUGGCAGUGUCCAACAUCUUAAAAAUAGGUUUGGAGAUGGUUAUACGAUAGUUGUCAGAAUAGCAGGAUCCAACCCGGACCUGAAGCCUGUCCAGGAGUUCUUUGGACUUGCCUUUCCAGGAAGUGUCCUAAAAGAGAAACACCGGAACAUGCUACAGUAUCAGCUUCCAUCUUCCUUAUCUUCUCUGGCCAAAAUAUUCAGCAUCCUCUCCCAGAGCAAAAAGCGACUCCACAUAGAAGACUACUCUGUUUCUCAGACAACACUUGACCAAGUAUUUGUAAACUUUGCCAAGGACCAAAGUGAUGAUGACCACUUAAAGGACCUGUCGUUACACAAAAACCAGACAGUAGUGGAUGUCGCAGUUCUCACAUCUUUUCUACAGGAUGAGAAAGUGAAAGAAAGCUAUGUAUGAAGAAUCCUGUUUACACAGGCUGGCUGAAAGUAAGGAGAACCAGAUCUCCCUUUGCACCAUGUGUGAAGUGUUCCAGAGGAAAGAGCUGGAAGAUUUUGUGUGAAGAAGUAAACUGGAUACUGUACUGAUACUAUUCAAUGCAAUGCAAUUCAAUGCAAUGAAAACAAAAUUCCAUUACAGGGGCAGUGCCUUUGUAGCCUAUGACUUGUAUGGCUCUCUAGUGAAAAAGACUUGAAUUUAGUUUAUUACCUUAUAUCUAUGUGAAACUCUAGUAUGGAACCCAAUGGACAUGUGGGUUUGAAGUCAUACUUUUUUGUUCCUGUGUAUUCUCACUGGGAUUGCAACAAUAAUUCAUCAAGUAAUUAUGGCCAGUGAUUAUAAAAAUCAGAAGGCAUGUACAUCCUCAUCCACUGAGACAUGUCAUGCCAGGAGACUGGUUUCCUAGUGACACAUCCAUUGCUGGCAAUGAGUGUGCCAGAAUUACUAGUGCCAAGUUGCUCAGAAAGUCUGAAGCACCAUGGUGUGUCACAACACUUUUUGUGAAAGCUGCUAUGCUUGGACUGUAUCAACAUCAUUAAGUAUCAGGUGACAAAAUGGUGCCUUGUUUGGCUAUAGUUCUGCAUUGAUUCCCUCUUUGAUGAGCUGUUCUGGUGGCUGUAACAUGCAAAGUAUGGGUAUCUCUAGACACGCAAGAAUCGUGGUUCCAACGUUAUGUUGCUCCAUGUUUGCAAUCAUGGCUGUCAUUUUUCUGGGACUGUUUAAAUACACUUCGAUCUCAGUAAGCAAAGGAUCAGCAGCUAUACUGCUGGGGCCGUAAGCUGCUGAGAUCAAGGCAUGGAAUGAAAGAGAUGGUGCAUUCAAAUUUAGGGAGGCUGACGCCCAUUUAUCCUGAUUAUCUGCUAACAUGGUACACUGCAUCUCAAAAUCUUUGUUGUUUGACACAAAUGUAUUAUUUCUGGUUCUGAAAAAUUAAUGUAGACAAUGAAAAAAUAGAGUUGUUCAUUGACAGAAAUCUUUGUACUAUUAAUGUCAUUUGGGAUUUUAAAUUCUACUAGUGACUUCUGAAACCUUAGAAUGGCAUCUUCGUAGCACCCCAUGGCAUACGGGAGUAUGGCCAUGUGGCUUCACUAACUUCUAUCUUCCUACACAGGUUUGCAGAUAGAACAUGUAACUAGUGCCUGGAGCUAGGAAACAAUGUGGUUAAAGAUCUGGUGACAUUAUAUUUGGAUUUCUUUAAGAUCACAUAGAAUACUCACUUCAUUUCAUCAAUCAAGUAUUUUUGUAUAGCAGAGUAUGUAUGUACGUAUGUAUGUUUGUAUGUAUGGGUUGGGGAGAAAUUAAGUCUCACUAAAUUAACUGUGCCAUGUUAUUCAGCUAACUUGUUUACAAAUAUAGGUUGUUUGGUUGCGGUUGUGGGAACUCUCCGAAAGAAUAUUGGCCAGACAUUUUUAAAGUAGCAACAAUGCAAAAGCCAAGAAAGGUCACAAGGCUCAACAAUAAUUCAAAGGGAAGACAGCUAGCUUGGAAACUUUUCGAACACAACUUGUACUUAAGACAUUUAGUAUCUUUAAGUAAUCUUGUCUGUUAGACACCCAGUUAAAUCUCUGACAAUUUAAAAUUUUUCAUCUUUUCAGUCACUAACUUAUCAUGAAAAAAA